AUGACUCCGACCCCACACCCAUUUUUCUUACAUUUUCUUAUGGCUGUCAGGAACAAUAAGGCAAAUAAUCAAGUUUUGUGUUUUGUCAGAAACGAGGAAGCCAAGACAAUUUCAGAACAAAUGUUAGGGUACAACCUGAUCACAAAACAGGCACCUCUUGGCAGGAAAUGUGACACCGUCAUGUUGUCGGAGAGACUGUACUCAAGGAGGGAGUUCUACUUCGCCAUUGCCAUGGAGAGGUCUUUUGCUGGCCCUGUAUUAGUGGGGAGUUCUCAGGGAGGUAUGAACAUCGAGGAUGUAGCAAAAGAAAAUCCAACUGCUAUUCUGAAACAACCAGUGGACAUUUUCACAGGCCUUACAAGAGAGUUAGCUGUCAAUCUUGCAGUGUCUAUGGGCUUCAGUCCCAACUGUGUAGAUCAGGCAGCAGACAUUAUUGUAAAGCUGUACAAUGAUAUCUUUCUCAAGUACGACUCCACACUGGUAGAGAUUAAUCCAAUGUCAGAGGAUGCCAGUGGCAACGGUAAGCUAAACUAA